CCCCGCCAAAAGCUCCACGGUUUGUCACCCACUAGGAGGGAGGGGGAAACAGCCACAGGACAGCCUUGCCGCCUCUCCCUGAGAAUACAGGAGCCCCGCCCACAGUAGGUGGGGUCGGCACUGAAAGGGUUAAGCCCGCGGGGACGUCUGAGGUUCCAAGCCUGCGGGCGGGUCCUGGGGCUUCCUCCCUCUAGGUCCGGGGCUGCGGCUGCUGAGGAGGUAGCUGAUGCAGCCAGAGUUGACCCUGAGAUCCAACCUGGCCGCACUGACCGAGGAUCCUGCACCAGAGCUGACCCUGAGCCCCAGGCUAGCUGAGCUGACCCCGGGUUCUGCAUGCCAUCCAGAGAUGACCCUCAGUCCUGGCUCCACUGAGCUGACCCUGGAUCCCGCACACCAGCCAGAGGAGACCCCAGCUCCCAACCUGGCUGAACUGACCCUGGAGCCUGUGCACUGCCGACCUGAGCUCCUGGAUGCCUGUGCUGACCUCAUCAAUGAGCAGUGGCCCCGAAGCCGAGCCUCCCGCCUGCACUCCCUGGGCCAGUCCUCAGAUGCCUUCCCCCUCUGCCUGAUGCUGCUGAGCCCCCGCCCCACACCCGAGUCACUCCCCAUUGUGGUGGGUCAUGCCCGCUUAUCACGGGUGCUUGACCGGCCCCAGAGCCUCCUGGUGGAGACAGUGGUGGUGGCCCGGGCUCUGAGGGGCCGUGGCUUUGGCCGCCGUCUUAUGGAGGGCCUGGAGGCUUUUGCUCAGGCCCGGGGCUUCCGCCGGCUGCACCUCACCACCCACGACCAGCUGCAGUUCUACGCCCACCUGGGCUACCAGCUGGGUGAGCCUGUGCAGGGCCUGGUCUUCACCAGCCGACGGCUGCCUGCCACCCUGCUCAAGGCCUUCCCCAGAGCACCCCCUCCCCGGCCGCCCUGCAAGCCUCCUAGUCUAACUGCCCAGACUUCCCCAAGAGCCCCCAAGGGGCCGGCACUGCCACCACCCCCUCCCCUGCCUGAGCCCUUGACCACCUCACCCCCAUCUCCUGCAAGCCCCCCUCCACAAAGUCUGCUGGAGACACAGUACCAAGACCUGAGAGGAUGCCCCAUAUUCUGGAUGGAAAAGGACAUCUGAGGGCUACCCACGGCAAAGCACUACUGUCUACAGGGUCGAUGGACUGCUUAGGACAGUACCAGCCUCAUAUGGCCUCAGUACCCCCAUUGGCCAUAGCUCAGUCCCUAGAACCUGGAAGCUGCUUGUUUCCCGAGCACCAGCAGGGCUGGGAAAGGCUCCACAGCUGGGGCUCGGAGCUGUCAGUGUGGCUGAAUAAAGGCUUCUGAUGGGUG